GCAGCCCCGCCGACGUCAUCCGCGAGGAGUUUGGCGGCCGCUUUCAGCUGCUCUGCGGCCGCUGCUUCCGGCACCGCCCCCCACGCCUCUGCCCUCUGGACCGCGGGGGGUGCUGCCCCAGCCACGGCACCUGCCCCCCGAUCCUGGCCCACAUGAGCUCCGAGGGCCGCCGCAAGCAGCAGGUGACGGAGGUGCGGCCGCGGCCCCAGCACCGGCAGCUGCUGGCCUACUGCAUGUUUGUGGGGCGGGGGCUGCAGUGCCGGCACGGGGCGUCCCGCUGCCAGUACGCCCACAGCGCCGUGGAGAUGGCCGUGUGGCAGGCCGAGCGCAGGGAGGGGCUCCAGCGGGCCGACCUGCUCUCGCCCCCGGCGGCCAGCAGCCGCGCCCCUGCGGCCCAGCUGUACUGCAGCGCCUGCCUGGUCACCUGCCACUCCCAGGAGGCCUUCGAGAACCACUGCGCAUCCCAGGAGCACAUGAGGAUGGUGGCCCAGGACCAGACCGUGGUCUGGCAGCACCGCAGCCCCCCCGUGGGGCUCUCCGCCUUCGAGCUCUGUCCCAGGCCUGAGUUCUGCGAGUACGGGGACGUCUGCACCAGGGCGCACUCGGAGCAGGAGCUGCAGGAGUGGCAGCGGCGGGUGCGCAUGGCCGAGCUGCGGGAGCAGGAGGCCUCGCAGGAGGGGCUGCUGCCCUACCGGGAGCGGCUGCUGGCCGAGUACCGGCGCAGCAGCGAGGAGAUUCUGGUGUUGGCCGAGACCAUCGACGGCGUGACCGUCGCCUGCCACCAGCCCCUGGUGCAUCGGGCCCGGGAGAAGAAAAUGCAGCACAGCUGGACGUUUGUCAUCCACUCCGAGGAGCCCCUGAAACACGUGGCCCUGCUCAGGCAGGAGCCGGGCGCAGACUUCUCGCUGGAGGCCCCCUGCCUCCCGCUCGGCCAGGAGUACGCGGAGGGUGAGCGUUUCCGCGUGCCCGACAACCCAGCUGAGUUCCAGGUGCGGGUGCGCGUGCAGAGCGCUUCCUUUGGCACCUUCGAGCAGUGGGUGGUCUUCGACUUUGGCCGCCGGCCAGCUCUGCUGCAGAGGCUGGAGUUGCAUCUGGGCCAGGAGCUCCGCCCAGGGGCCGCACCGGCCCCCGGCCCCCGCGAGGAGCUGGAGCGCUGGCACACCGGCAACCGCCAUGUGGUCCCUGGCGUGGAGCGCCCGGCGGAGCACGCGGCCCUGAUGGCCAAGUACAAGGCGCCGGACCUGGCUCUGGAGUUCCGCCGCGGCGGCCCGGCCCCGGGCCCCCUGACCUGCGCCAGCUACCGAGAGAGGAUGCACCAGUUCCUUUAUGAGGAGGAGGCUGCCCAGCAGGAGCUGGUGGCCAAGCUGAACCUCCGGAGCUCCGUGUCCCUGAAGGCGUCCCUCGAGACGCUGGCCCUGGGCAUGCUCUUCCCGCCGCCGGGAGCCCUCUACGCCGAGGUCCCCAUCCCGCCCUCCCUGACGCCGGACACAGACCAGGGCUUCCUGCUGGGCCGGGCCGUCAGCACGGCGCUCGUGGCCCCCGUGCCCGCCCCGGACCACACAGUGUUCGAGGUGCUGCUGGAGACGCGGGCCAGCUCGGAGCAGGCGCGCUGGCUGCUGCUGCCCGCCCACUGCUGCGCGGCCCUGGGGCUGCGGCCCGAGUCCAGCCCCGUGCUGGAGGUGCAGUUCCAGGUCGACCCGCUGCCCUUCCGCCUCUGGCACGAGGCGGUGGAUGCGCUGCCCGAGGAGCGCUUGGUGGUGCCCGACCUGCAGGCCUGCGCCCUGCCCUGCCCGCGGUCCAGCCCGCCCGCCCUGUUCGGCAACCUCAAGCAGAAGCAGGCCGUGGAGAUGAUCGCGGGCGGCAGCCCCGCCGGCGGGGAGCCCGUCCCCCCGCUGCUCAUCUACGGCCCCUUCGGCACCGGCAAGACCUACACGCUGGCCAUGGCCUCCCUGGAGGUCAUCCGCCAGCCCCGCACCAAGGUGCUCAUCUGCACGCACACCAACAGCGCGGCGGACAUCUACAUCCAGGAGCAUUUCCACGGCUACGUGAGCAGCGGGCACCCGGAGGCCACGCCGCUGCGGGUGAUGUACACCGACCGCCCGCUGGGCCAGACAGACCCCGUCACGCUGCAGUACUGCUGCCUGACCAAGGACCGCCGGGCCUUCCGCCCGCCCACGCGCGCUGAGCUGGAGCGGCACCGCAUCGUGGUGGCCACCACCUCGCAGGCCCGGGAGCUCCGGGUGGCGGCCGGCUUCUUCUCGCACAUCCUCAUCGACGAGGCCGCCCAGAUGCUGGAGGCAGAGGCGCUGACCCCGCUGCGCCACGCCCUGCCCCACACCCGCGUGGUGCUGGCGGGGGACCACAUGCAGGUCACGCCGCGGCUCUUCAGCGUGGCCAGGGUGCAGGCGGCCGGCCACACGCUGCUGUACCGCCUCUUCCAGCUCUACCAGCAGCAGGCGCACCCGGCCGCCCGGCAGGGCCGCCUCAUCUUCCACGAGAACUACCGCUCCACGGAGCCCAUCGUCGCCUUCGUCUCGAAGCACUUCUACGUGGCCAGGGGCACCCCGAUCCUCGCCCGCGGCAAGGUCCCGCGCCACCCCCGGCUUUACCCGCUCAUGUUCUGCCACGUGGCGGGCGUCCCCGAGCGCGACCUGUCCCUGACGUCCUGGCUCAACGCGGCCGAGGUCGCCCAGGUCACCGAGCAGGUGAAGCAGCUCCACGAGGCCUGGCCCCACUGCUGGGGCCUCCGCGAGCAGAGGAACAUCUGUGUCGUCUCCCACGGUGCCCAGGUGAGCGCGCUGAGGCAGGAGCUGAGAAGGAGGAACCUGGGCCAGGUGUCCGUGGGCAGCUUUGAGAUCCUGCCAGGCCGGGAGUUCCGGGCGGUGGUGCUGAGCACCGUGCACAACCACCAGAGCCUGCAGAGCCCGGGCGCGCCCGCCCUGGAGUUCUUCACAGACGCCCGCGUGCUCAACACCAUCAUGACCCGCGCCCAGUCCCUGGUGGUGGCCGUGGGCGACGCCGUGGCCCUCUGCUCCUUCGGGGCCUGCAGCAAGCUCUGGAAGAGCUUCAUCCGCGAGUGCGUGCAGCACCGCAGCGUCUGCCCUGAGGGGCUGUCGCUGGAGCACAUCGAGCACGCGGUGGUGCAGAGGCAGCGCUGGGCCCGCACCAGGCGGCCCGCGGCGCCCCCUGCAGAGAGAGCUGGGGCAGGGGCGCCCGGCGACGCUGUCCCAGAGCAGGGAGGCGCCGUGGAGCCUGCGGCCGAGGGGGGCGCCUUCUCGGCCAGCGUCGCGGGGGCCGUGGAGACAGCCGCAUCGGAGGCAGAGGCCGGUGACGCGGCUUCAGGGUCCGGGUCUGGGGGGCACCCGGCCGUCAGGGACGCGGCGGCAGCGGCGGCAGAGAGCGCCGCUGGGGCGGCGGCUGGGGCGGAGGCCACAGACAGCGAGGAUGACGCCGAGGACUCCGAGCCUGACUUCUGGUCCUUGGACGGGGAACUUGACACCGACGACUGCAUCCUGCGGGAGCUGCUGGACGAGAGCCGGAAGGUGGCCGUGACGGUGCGGGAGGACGGGCUGCUGGACGCGGUGGCCCAGCCUAUGCCCGCGCAGCAGGCGCAGCAGUACGUGAACCUGCCGCAGGGCGUGAUGCGGAGGCUGCUGCGCACGGAGCCCGAGCUGCACCACAGGUGCACCUUCGUGCCGGAGACCUUCGAGCGGGCGACGGCCAUGCCGCUGGACGCCGCGGGGCCCGGCCCCAUCCAGCUCCGGGGCCGCCUGCACUGCGGGAUGGCCUUCAGCGGGGACGAGGUGCUGGUCAAGAUCCUCGACGGCGACCGGGCCGCGGCGGGGCGGCCGCAGGGCCGUGUGCUGGGCGUGCUGAAGAGGCGGCGCCGCGAGCUGCUCUUCGUGUGCCGCAUGGACGAGUGGGACCCGCGCCUGAUGGCCCCCAUCGACUGCUCCGUGACCAAGAUCUUCGUGGCCGACCUGAAGGACCCGCUGCAGGUGCCCAUCCACCGCGUGGUGCAGGGCCGCUUGCAGCGGGUGCGGCACGAGCAGCUCCCAGCCCAGGCCAGCCGCCGGCGGCUCUUCUGGGUGCGCAUUGUGGUCUGGCGGGAGCGCUUCUACUACCCACUGGGCAUUGUGCUGGAGGUGCUGCCCGAGGCCACCACCUGGGAGCAGGGCCUCCGCGUGCUGGACCUGGACUACGGCCUCCGGGAGCCCUCGCCGGACCCAGCCUCGGUCUCCAAGGCGCUGCAGAAGUACCACGAGGAGCUGAGCCGGGCGCCCGGCUCCCGGGAGGACUGUCGCAGCUCCCUGACCUUCACCGUGGACCCGCAGGGCGCCUGCAACCUGGACGAUGCCCUUGGCGUGCGCGAGCUGGGCCCCCGGUAUGAAGUGGCCGUGCACAUCACUGACGUGGCCAGCUUCGUGCCCAGGGAUGGGGCCCUGGACAUGGAGGCCCGCAGGCUGGGCAUCGCGGUCUACGCCCCCAACCGGGAGCCCACGCCCAUGCUGCCCGCCAGCCUCUGCCGCGACGUGCUCAGCCUCGCCCCAGGCAAGGACCGCUUUGCCCUCUCGCUCUUCCUCACCUUCGAGAAGGGCAGCAACCAACUCAAGAGCCUGCGCUUUGCGCCCUCCGUGGUCCGCUCUGACCGCCAGCUGUCCUACGAGGAAGCGGAGGCGGUGAUCAGGGCUCAGCCGGGCGCCGGCCGGGAGCUGCCCGCGCACCUGGACUCCGUGGAUGCCUGCCUCGUGGCUGCGUGCUAUUUUGCCCGGGUGCUACGCCGGCGUCGCUUGCAGGCCGCCUGUCCCUACGAGCAGCCAGACGAGGACAGCACACUGGGCUUCCGCGUGGCCCACGCCAUGGUCAAAGAGUACAUGGUCCAGUUCAACAGUCUGGUGGCCGAGUUCCUGGUGGGCAGCGAGCUCACGCGGACAGUCACGCCACUGCGGUGGCAGCCCACGCCCAACAGCCGCCAGCUCGAAGCCAUCGGUGAAAAGCACGGAGGGCUGGUGCCCCUGUCGCUGCACCUGAGGCAACACCUGCGCGGCCACGCACCCCCCAGCCCGCGGCUGCACCUGCUGGCCCCGCUGUGGCAGCUCGUCCGGCAGGCGGCCCAGGCCCGGGACGCCAACCUGCUGGCAGACCUCAUCACCACGGACGACAUGCACCCCUCGCUGGCCGCCGUGCGCCUGGACUUGCGCAAGGCCCUGGGCCGCUCCGUCUUCAGCCGCUCUAGCCAGGGCGCUGGGCAGCCGGCCAGCCACUACUCACUGCAGGUGGAGUGGUACACCUGGGCCAGCUCGCCCAUCCGCAGGUACCUGGACGUGGUGCUGCAGAGGCAGACCCUGCUGGCGCUGGGCCACGGGGGCGCCUCCUACUCCGCCAAGGACAUCGACCGGCUCUGCCAGGACUUCGGCCGCCAGCACGGGCGCGCCAAGAGCUACCAACGCCGGGCCUGCAGCCUGCACCUGGCCACGCAGCUCAAGGCCCGGCCGCGGCAGAAGCUGGGCUUCGCAGUGGACGUGGAGCCGGGUGCCCGCUGCUUCAAGCUGCUCUUCCCGGCCAACCCGGAGACACUGCCCGAGCCCUGCCCCUUGUUCUACCGCUCCCUGCAGCUGGCCAAGCACCCGUGCGGCCUGGAGAGCCGGCCGGGCCUGCGGCUGCAGUGGCGGCUCCGCGUCUACUCGGUGCAGGAGAACGGGCCGUGUCCGCCCCUGCCCGGCGCCCUGCUGGACCUGCACACCUGGCCCGUGGACUCUGCCCUGUGGCAGCAGCUGCUGGCGCUGGUGGAGGAGCAGCGGUGGCCGGAGGCGGCAGCGCUCGUGUGUGAGAAGGGCGCCGCCAGGCCGCCGCCGCGGGAGCUGGGGCGCGUGGCCCGCAGCCCCUGCACGCACUUCGUGGAGGUGACCCGGGAGCUGGUCAGCGGGGACACGCUGCAGGUGCAGCUCGGUGCCACGCUGCACCGGGGCCUCCUGGCGCCGGCCCUGCAGCUGUGGACGGUGGCGCCGGGCCUCAGCCUGUGCCUGGAGCACAUGGAGCAGCCGGGCGACUGCUUCUCGGGCCGCGCCCCCCAGGCCGGGCGGGACAGCUUCCGCCACGUGGAGGACUACUGCAGCGUGUGGCAGCCUUUCUGCUCCCUGGAGUCGGCCACCAGCGCCGUAGCUGAGGGUGAGAGUGUCACGCUGCAGCGCGUGUGCGUAGCCUGGGACCCAGAGUGCACGGCGCAGGGGCCGCUCCGCGGCAGCUUCCACCUGGGCACUGCCUUUCUCCGCGAGCACAGCAUCGACAUCGACUUCGACCACUGCUACCUCUGCCUCCGGCUCGAGGGGCUCCGGGCCGCGCCCGAAGCCGCCGGGGACCCACGCCCUGAGGCCGGCCCUGGCGCGCCGCCCCCGGCCGUCCCACCCUGCGAUGUCCCCGUCCUGAGCAUCGACCCUGACACCUACACCUGGGUGGCCCACGGGCUGACGGAGGCCUUGGACCCAAAUCUAGAGGAGCCGGGCGACCGGCGACAGACCGCCAAGCAGGUGCGCUUCUUCGUCCAGCACACGGCCAUGCAGAGGGCUCCAGAAGAGGUGCUGAGGCCUGGCACCCUAUUCACCAUUGAGGUGCUGCCCCAGCAGCUUCCUGACAUCCGCAAGGAAGAAGCCGUGUGUAAGCUGCAGGAAGCCUCCCAGCUGGUCAUCAGCAUCGCCCUGGGCCAACCCAUCGCCCUGCCCCGCCACCUUCCUGGCCAGCAGCCCCUCCGCAGAGGGACCCCCAGCAGGUACCUGGAGCGGCCGGACUUCGACCUGCCCCGAAGCCUCCGCAAGCUGAACCCCAGCCAGAACAAGGCCGUCCGCGAGGCUCUGAAGAAGCCGUUCACCGUCAUUCAGGGCCCGCCAGGUACGGGGAAGACGAUGGUGGGCUUCCACAUCGUGUUCUGGUUCCACAAGUUAAACCAAGACCUGCUGCCGACCGGCAGUCCGCCCUGCAUCUUGUACUGCGGCCCCUCCAACAAGUCGGUGGACGUCGUGGCAGGGAUGCUGCUGAGCAGGAGGGCGGAGCUGAAGCCCCUCCGCGUGUACAGCGAGCAGGUGGAGGCCACUGAGUUCCCGGUGCCUGGCGUGAGCAGCAGGGGCCAGCCCAGGAGAACCCCUCGGGAGUGGCGGCCCAACCCAAGCCUCAGGAGCAUCACCCUGCACCACCUGAUCCGGCAGCCCUCCAACCCCUGUUCGCGGGACAUCAAGGCUUUUGACGCCCGGCUGCUGAACGGGGAGAUUCUCUCCGAGGAGGAGCUUGCUUUGUACAAGAAGAUCCUGGUGAAAGCACGGAAGCUCGAGCUGAGCCGCCACAGCGUCAUCCUGUGCACCUGCUCCUGCGCGGCCGUGGCCAGCCUCAAGGCCCUGAACGUCCGGCAGAUCCUGGUGGACGAGGCAGGCAUGGCCACGGAGCCCGAGACCCUCAUCCCCUUGGUGAGGUUCUCGGGGGCCGAGAAGGUGGUUCUUCUCGGGGACCACAAGCAGCUGCGGCCUGUGGUCAAGAACGAGCACCUGCAGAGCCUGGGGCUGGACCGGUCUCUCUUCGAGAGGUACUACAGGGAGGCCCACAUGCUGGACACGCAGUACCGCAUGCACAAGGACAUCUGCGCCUUCCCUUCCAUGGAGUUCUACCAGAAGAAGCUGAAGACCUGGCAGGGCCUGCAGCGGCCGCCCAGCAUCCUGGGCCACGUCGACAGGGAGAGCUGCCCUGUCCUCUUUGGCCACGUGCAGGGCCACGAGCAGAGCCUGCUGGUGUCCACAGAUGAAGGGAACGAGAACUCCAAGGCCAACCUGGACGAGGUGGCAGAGGUGGUCCGCAUCGCCAAACAGCUGACCCUGGACAGAACGCUGGAACCCAAGGACAUCGCCAUCCUCACGCCGUACAACGCGCAGGUCGCUGAGAUCAGCAAGUGCCUGGCGCAGAAAGGCGUCUCGGGGGUCACUGUGUGCUCCAUCACCAAGAGCCAGGGGAGUGAGUGGCGCUACGUACUGGUGAGCACCGUCCGCUCCUGCCCCGAGAGCGACUUGGACCGGCGGCCGACCAAGAACUGGCUGAAGAGGUUCCUGGGCUUCGUCGUGGACCCCAACCAAGUGAACGUGGCCAUCACCCGGGCCCAGGAGGGGCUCUGCAUCGUCGGGGACCACCUCCUGCUGCAGUGCUGCCCGCUGUGGCGCCGGCUGCUGGAGUUCUACAGGGCCCAGGGGUGCCUGGUGCCCGUCGGGCAGGUGCGCGUGCGGAAGAGGCCGGCCGUGUCCUCCUGAAGCGCCC